AUGGCCGAUACCGAUAAACUCAACUUGGACAACAUCAUUGCAAGACUUCUGGAAGUGCGAGGAUCCAAACCCGGAAAAAACGUACAACUGACGGAAAAUGAAAUCAAAGGACUAUGCAUAAAGUCUCGCGAAAUCUUCCUUAGUCAACCGAUUUUGCUGGAGUUGGAAGCUCCGCUUAAAAUUUGUGGUGAUGUCCAUGGUCAAUACUACGAUUUACUGAGGUUGUUUGAGUAUGGUGGUUUUCCUCCCGAGUCGAAUUAUUUAUUUCUGGGAGACUAUGUCGAUCGAGGAAAACAGUCUCUUGAGACUAUUUGCCUCCUCCUAGCCUACAAGAUCAAAUAUCCGGAGAAUUUCUUCCUUUUAAGAGGAAAUCACGAAUGUGCCUCCAUCAAUAGGAUAUACGGAUUCUAUGACGAGUGCAAACGUCGAUACAACAUAAAACUGUGGAAGACAUUCACGGAUUGUUUCAACUGCCUCCCCGUAGCAGCCAUAAUAGAUGAGAAGAUUUUCUGUUGCCAUGGUGGGCUGUCUCCUGACUUGCAAUCCAUGGAGCAGAUCCGCCGCAUCAUGCGCCCCACAGAUGUACCCGAUCAAGGCCUACUCUGUGAUCUUCUCUGGUCGGAUCCUGAUAAGGAUGUCACCGGUUGGGGCGAGAAUGACCGUGGCGUAUCUUUCACAUUUGGUCCAGAAGUGGUGGCUAAAUUCCUCCACAAACAUGACCUAGACCUCAUUUGUAGAGCUCACCAGGUCGUAGAGGACGGGUACGAGUUUUUCGCCAAACGUCAGUUAGUUACACUGUUCUCUGCGCCUAACUACUGUGGCGAAUUCGACAACGCCGGAUCGAUGAUGACUGUGGAUGAGACGCUUAUGUGUUCAUUCCAGAUAUUGAAACCGGCCGAAAAGAAGAAGUUCCCGUAUGGAGGUGUGGGCACAAAUCGACCGGUGACUCCACCUAGGAACACGCCAGCUGCUCAACCAAAGAAGGAAAAUGUCUAUGAUCUUUUCGUCCUUCAAUGUCUCGUCCUAUUUACAAAAAUGAUGGUUCGAAACCCGGAUUUACAGUUUUGA